GGUCUGUGAUGACGACUGGGACCUACUAGACGCAACAGUUAUCUGCCGGGAACUGGGUUUUGCAGAAGCUGUUGCGGCUCCCCACAGAGCUGCAUUUGGUGAGGGAACCGGAGCCAUAGUGUUGGAUAAUGUUGAGUGCACGGGUAACGAGGAGACGGUGUUUGAUUGCCCGGCAACAAGGGGAUCGGGACAUGACUGCGGGCAUUACGAGGAUGCCGGUGUUCGAUGUACUGGAGAUCGACCCGUCAUAAUAAUCUGCCCAUCUAAUCAGACGAUCGAUUCAGAUUCAAACCAGAACUUCGCUACGGUCAACCUACCUGGUCCUGCCGCUUCGUACCACAGCAGCCUUGGACAGCUCGAAAUCACUAUUGACGUGGAUGGUUCUACGCGUCGUGUUAAUGACGAAGUCAGAUUGAGUAUUGCAAACUCUCCACACGUCUUGCAAUUCAAUGCAAGUGAUGCAAACAACACUGCGACGUGCAGCAUGCAAAUCUCCGUUGUUGGGAUAGGUGUUCGUUUGGUAGGCGGUUCAGACUCCAUGGAAGGUCGAGUGGAGGUGUUCUGGAACGGUGCUUGGGGGACAGUCUGUGAAGACCUCUGGGACAUACAAGACGCAACCGUUAUCUGCCGGGAACUGGGUUUUGGAGAAGCUUAUGCGGCUCCCAUUGGAGCUGCAUUUGGUGAGGGGACCGGAAACAUACUGUUGGAUGAUGUUCGUUGCAGGGGUAACGAGCAGACGGUGUUUGAUUGCCCGGCAAUAAGGGGAUCGGGACACAACUGCUGGCUUGGCGAGGAUGCCGGGGUUCGAUGUACUGGAGAUCGACCCGUCAUAAUAAUCUGCCCAUCAAAUCAGACGAUCCUGUCAGAUCCAAACCAGACCUUCGCUACGGUCAACCUACCUGGUCCUGCCGCUUCGUACCACAGCAGCCUUGGACAGCUCGAAAUCACUAUUGACGUGGAUGGUUCUACGCGUCGUGUUAAUGACGAAGUCAGAUUGAGUAUUGCAAACUCUCCACACGUCUUGCAAUUCAAUGCAAGUGAUGCAAACAACUCUGCGACGUGCAGCAUGCAAAUCUCCGUUGUUGGGAUAGGUGUUCGUUUGGUAGGCGGUUCAGACUCCAUGGAAGGUCGAGUGGAGGUGUUCUGGAACGGUGCUUGGGGGACAGUCUGUGAAGACCUCUGGGACAUACAAGACGCAACCGUUAUCUGCCGGGAACUGGGUUUUGGAGAAGCUUAUGCGGCUCCCAUUGGAGCUGCAUUUGGUGAGGGGACCGGAAACAUACUGUUGGAUGAUGUUCGUUGCAGGGGUAACGAGCAGACGGUGUUUGAUUGCCCGGCAAUAAGGGGAUCGGGACACAACUGCUGGCUUGGCGAGGAUGCCGGGGUUCGAUGUACUGGAGAUCGACCCGUCAUAAUAAUCUGCCCAUCUAAUCAGACGAUCCUGUCAGAUCCAAACCAGACCUUCGCUACGGUCAACCUACCUGGUCCUGCCGCUUCGUACCACAGCAGCCUUGGACGGCUCGAAAUCACUAUUGACGUGGAUGGUUCUACGCGUCGUGUUAAUGACGAAGUCAGAUUGAGUAUUGCAAACUCUCCACACGUCUUGCAAUUCAAUGCAAGUGAUGCAAACAACUCUGCGACGUGCAGCUCGCAAAUCUCCGUUCUUGUUAAUCAGCCACCAGUGAUCACCUGCCCACCCAAUCAGACGAUUCAGACAGAUCCAAAGCAAAACUUCGCAACAGUAACCUUACCCGAACCACCCUCUGCAUCCGACAACAGCGGAAGUUUCGAAAUCACCAUUGACGCGGAUGGUUUAACGUUUCGUGUAAAUGACAGAAUCAGGCUGGGUGCUGCGCAGUCUGUACACAUAUUGCAGUACACUGCGAAAGAUGCCAGCAACAACAUUGCCACAUGCACCAUGCAAAUCACUGUCAUAGUUUGA